UCGUGCGGUCGUAGCACUAUUUGCCUGCACCUGGGGUCCACCAGCAGCAUCGAUCACACACUGCCCAGCACAAGCUGCGCUGGCAUGAUGGAAGCAACAGCAAGUUUACAAUACGACGCCAGACCUAACGAAGCCAUCACACCACAGCGGUCAUGGAGCUCUCAGCGCACGCCGCACUCAAUAUUCGCAGAUAACUUUCAAGGGCAUGCACACAAUACUGGAAACGGAAGCGCCGGUUUCACACUGCCGGUCUACAGCAGCAGCAGCGGUUGUGGCAGCGAGGAUACAGUUGCCAGCACAAGCAGCGUGGGCAUGAAGGAAACAUCGGGCAUAUUGGGAAACGAAACUAGGAGUGCUACUGGAACCGGAGGAAGGGGACAUCAAGAGCUGUCCGGUGUCUCCGGCAAUGUUUCGAGCAGGUGGCAUGCCUUACAAGGGCGCGACAACCAACACACGGGCGACACAGCCCACAUUUGUAAAGCACGCGAUCAAUUAUCUGUGAAGCAGUCGGAGUUUGUAGAGCGCUGCCUCAUCCGUGAUGCCAAAAAACACAAAUGCGAAAUCUGUGGUAAACUGUUCCGCCGGGCUAGUCACCUAAAUAUUCAUAAGCGCACGCAUAUAAACGAGAGACCCUUCAGAUGCGAAAUAUGCGAUAAAAUGUUUCGGUUUUCUCAUCACCUAAAUGACCAUAAGCGCACGCACACAGACAAGAGACCGUACAAAUGCCAAAUAUGUCAGAAAUCGUUCCGGUUCCGUAGUAAUCUAAAUGGCCAUAUGCGCACACAUACAGACGAGAAACGAUACACUUGCGAAACGUGUGGUAAAUCGUUUCGGUUUUCUCGUUACCUAGCUGACCAUAAACGCUUGCACACUGGCGAGAAACCCCACUCUUGCGAAACAUGUGGUAAAUCAUUCGUGCGGAUGACGGAUCUGCAUACCCACCAGCUCACUCACACGGACGAGAGACCCCAUGUCUGCCAUAAAUGUAGUAAAUCAUUCAAAGCGAAACGCGAUCUCAAGCAUCAUCUGAAAUCGUGUUGUAGAGAAUGAGCUUUCGUUUGCGAAAUAUGCGAUGAAUCCUUUAUAGACAACUCGCAUCUCAGUCAUCACCGCCAAAGGGUGCACCGGGAUAAAACACUGUCUGAGUGAUUUCGUUUCGCAGAGAAACACUUGACCGACACCUGUGCCAAAAUUUCAGGUGUAACUUAUCUGCAGAUUGAUUUGAAGACGCAAUUCAACUGAAUACAUGCCUCGUGACGCCUAAGGGUGUGCAUUCGUAAUAUUCUAACUAGUGCGCAAGACGUAAAUUUCCCGCGGAUUUACGUGAGGGUAAACCGUGCAGGGGAAACACAUUGACAUUUGUUGACAGGAGCUAGCAACCAACUGAAUGAAUCGUAUGCAGAGACCGGCUUCUUUUAAUAUUUAAAACAGCUAAUUUUAAUGCUCGUUUCUUAAAGUUAGUAGACGAGACAUUGUCGCCACAAGUAUCUAUCGCGCUUCAGUGUCAAAGGUCCUGGACCACGCUAUCUGCCUGCAGAACUAUGUUCGCGAGCGUCGCUUCAAGAAGCUCUUUACAAGACAAAACCUGAUGGGCUGCAAGUAUUUAUUUUUUGUAAGUACAAGCUUGAAAUAUUCGCACUAGACCCUUGACAACUUGCUUAGUUGGAGAAGUGCAUUCAGCAACCGUUUUGGAUUAACUAUCCUUUUAGUGAUUCUGUUGUGUGAAUAGAAGAAAAAGCUCUCAUUAGGAAACAUUUAAAAAUUAAGGACUCUUUUCUUUGUCAACUGAAAAGUAAUCUCUGAUAUUAUUUGAUGUUUUUGAGCCGAGAUGUUUGAGAUAUUUUGCGACUGACAAUACUUGCAGGAGCUUUUACGAAAGUGUAUGGCCACAUUGUAUAGAUAGAAAAAUGUAUUUUCGUAGACUUUCUUCUCAAUGCAGUCAAUAUUUUAGUUUCCUCUUUGCCUCUUAUAUUUUUACCGACGAUCUUUGUUGUAUCCCGUAAACUAAGCUGAUGACAGUACUGAGAAUAUAAAAUUCAAAUAGUUUGAAGCUUCACUAUGUGAUUUGUUCUCCUUCUAUAACAUUUUUAGUUAUUCCUUUUUCAUUGUGGUAGAAUCUCCGUCAGUUCUAAAUUGCAGAUUUUAUCCCCAAUAACGUUAAAUUUUUUUACUAGGCGUGCUCUCUACUCACAGCCAUAAAAUCUUAAUCUGAUAUCACAAACGCAUCCGUGCGAGCAAUGACAUGACAAGUAAGAUUCAGGUUUUAUGCAUAUUGGAGCGCGUACUUGUAUAUCUCUCUAUGUCUUUACUUGGAACAUGUUUGGACGUCUAGCAAAUGUUGAGCUACUGCUCAGAACAGUCUCGAACUUUUUCGGCGUUUCUCUUUUGUCUACGCUGUAGUCGAAUCUUUUGUGAUCCAGUUGUACGCACGACGCGAAUGGAGAUGUGCGUUCUAAAAGGUGUGCAAGCUCCAGCGAUGACGGUGGAAUCUUCAACGAAUCACGUGAGAAUAGCCGACGCUCAUUAAACAGUAACCACGUCUUGGAUGAUCGACGGAUGUGUCCGGCACCAUCUUUCUGCCCGAGUAUAACUUUUAUCGGUUCAGUCUCGCCCAAUAAAGAGUGUUUCGU